AUGUUGCUCUUACAGCUUAUCACUAUCAUCAUAACUUUCUUCUUUGGUCUGACUCUUCGCAGGCUCUAUAACGCCGCCAUGGAAAAAAGGGCAAGCGAGGCUUCCAAGAAACGCCCCCUUCCUUCCCCUGGUGCCGAACUUCUCGACUCCAACAAGCGCAAUGAAGAAAACGACAGCGAAAUCUUCACCAUGGAUAGCUUCUCAACCGACUUGAUGUUGAGAGCUCGAUACGUGGCCGCUAAGCAAGCUUCUUUUGACGAGCCCUUCGAGCUGUCCGAGGGCGAUUCCACUUUGACCCAUGCGAUCAGAGCUCGCGUUGGUGCAAGCCCCCCAACUGCUGAAAGAGAAACCGUUGCAGGAGCCCCCCUCUCAGAUGACGCCGUCGCAGACAUACUUAAGAAGGUUAAGCCAGACUGCCACAAGGCCCAGGCGUGGGUCAAGGCGCAAGAACUCAGCAAGGUGGCCAUGGAGCAAAUUAGGGCGAAUUCAGAGAACCGCGACGGCCUCAGAAAGAAGUUAGUACGUCAGUCGCACGGUAGAGCUCGUCAAGCAGAGGCCCAGUUCGAUGCACCCAGAUAUCAGGCAACGGCCCCGGCUCCGAACUUGCAGGCUCCCGAUGAUCGUACCGUUGAAGAAGAACUGGAGGAUGCGAGGGUAGUGUACAACAGGGUUAGCCUAGCACACGAUAGACUCCUGAAGACCAUCGCCGACAUGGAGGAGUUUAGAAAGACUCUGUCGUAG